AUGACUCGUGAUGGUAGUCGACUUUUACAAAAAUUAUCAAGUGAACAACGUAAAUCAAUAAUUAACAAAAUUGCAUCAAAUUUAAAUGAAUAUUCAAAAGAUAUUCUUCAAGCUAAUAAACAUGAUUUAGAAGAGGCAACAAAAGGAGGUACGAUAAAAAUCUCAUAUUUGAUAACUACAAAAAAUUGUUUACUUAAAGGUCUUAAAUCAUCAUUAAUUGGACGACUUGGUUUAUCAGAAAAGAAAUUACAAACAUUAUCACUUGGUCUUCAACAAAUAGCUGAAAAAGCUGAUGUACUUGGACAAGUUGUUCGUCGAACACGUCUUGCUGAUGGUUUAAUAUUAAAACAAAUUACAACACCAAUUGGUGUUCUUCUUGUUAUAUUUGAAUCGCGUCCAGAUAGUUUACCACAAAUAGCUGCUCUAUCAAUAUGUUCUGGUAAUGGUCUUCUAUUAAAAGGUGGUUCAGAAGCCAAAUAUUCAAAUGAAAUUUUAACACAAAUAAUACAAGAUGCACUUGAACCGUAUGUUCCACGUGAAACAGUCGCUCUAAUUAAUACACGUGAACAAGUGUCAGACCUUCUUCAAUUAGGAAAAUAUAUUGAUCUUGUUAUUCCACGUGGUUCCAAUGAACUGGUUCGUUCAGUACAAAAACAAAGUGUACAUAUACCUGUAUUAGGUCAUGCUGAAGGUAUUUGCCAUGUAUAUGUUGAUAAAGAUGCAAAUUUAGAUAUGGCUUUACGUAUUGUACGAGAUUCUAAAUGUGAUUAUCCAAGUGCUUGUAAUGCUAUGGAAACAUUACUUAUUCAUAAAGAUAUUAUUCGAACACCAUUUUUUGAAUCAUUAAUUGAUUUAUUACGUGUGGAAAAGGUCGUCUAUUCAGGUCCACGUUUAUCCGGAAUGAUUCCAUUUCCACCACCAUCAGCAACAUCAUUACGUGUUGAAUAUGGUGACUUACAAUGUGCUAUUGAAGUUGUUGAUAAUGUUCAAGAUGCUAUUGAACAUAUUAAUAAAUUUAGUUCAAAUCAUACGGAUUCAAUUGUGACAGAAAAUCAAAAUACAGCCAAUGAUUUUCUUAGUAAUGUUGAUAGUGCAUGUGUUUUUCAUAAUGUUAGUACACGUUUUUCAGAUGGUUAUCGAUUUGGUUUAGGUGCUGAAGUUGGUAUAAGUACAGGACGUAUACAUGCUCGUGGUCCUGUUGGUAUUGAAGGUUUAUUAACCACAAAAUGGAUAGUGGAAGGUCACGGUGAUAUAGUUGCAGAUUUUAGUGAAGCUCGAAAAAAAUUUGUUCAUGAACCAUUAGAAUCAAUUGAGAAUAAUGAUAAAAUUUAUGCACAACAACAACAACAGCAAAAAUAA